AUGUCACUAACAGCAUUUCUCACGAACAGCGAUCUGCCACUAGCCAAGGAAAUUCUAGACAACAUUUACGUUGACAACGUUUUCCUCAAUGCUAGCACAAUACAGGAAGCUCUAGCCAAGAUUGAGAGCUCCAGAGCAUUGUUCGCCAACAUUGGCAUGAAUCUAAGAGAGUUCAGUAGCAACUCGGCAGAAGUGAAUGCCGGCAUACCUCAACAAGCCAGGUGUAUGGCAAAGCCCAACAAACUGUUAGGUGUAAAAUACGACACCAUCACUGACCGCUUAUCCCUUACGAUUCCAUUUUUGCCCAAAAGGCACAUGACAAAGCGAGAGCUUGUAAAUGAGGUGCAUAAAUUGUACGACCCCCUUGGCCUUGUCGCACCGUUAUCGCUCAGAGCAAGAAUGCUAAUGAGGGACGCUGUGAUGCUGAAAGCAGGCUGGAACAAGCCACUCGAUCCUGAAUUCUUGCACGAAUGGAACGAAUUGUGCUUGGACAUCUCAGGUACCGUCGUCACGAUCCCACGCAGUAUUGGUAGCAACAGCAAAGACACUGGGAAUGCUACACUCUGGGUUUUCGGAGACGCAAGUCAGGUGGCCAUAUCAUGCUGCAGUUACGUAUCCCAUCCGCCGGAAAAUGACACGAAAGGCUUGUUGUGCGCCAAAACAAGGCUCGUUCCACAACAGAGGCAACUUCCUAUUCCAAGACUGGAACUUUUAGCUAUCCUGAUAUCUGUACGUCUAGCAAAGACCAUAGUCACAAAAUACCGUCAUCGUUUAAAAGCCUUCUACAUAGUAAGCGACAGCAAAAUCGCUCUCGCAUGGAGGAAUCACGCAAACUUCCUCUAUUUGUAG